CGCGAAGAUGCUCUCUGGGCGGGAUUUAACACGAACCACAGACCGAAGACAUAACGGAUAUUUCCGAUGUGUCCACUGUGCUGGACGGUUAGACAUUUCUUACUCCGAGCAACACAUCGUGUUGUUGUGCGUAUCACUUCCGCAUUCUCGGUAUCCUCAAGAAAGGUUAUCUCGUCCAAAACAUUUAAGGACUCAAGAGUUUCCUCUGAGAUGGCUGUGGUAAAAAGUGGCUGGCUCCAUAGACAAAGCACUAUCCUACGGCGGUGGAAAAGAAACUGGUUUGACCUGUGGGCCGACGGACGCCUGGUGUUCUACAAUGACCAACAGCGGCGUGACAUGGAGGAUGACAUCCACAUGAGAGUCCACUGCAUUAACAUCCGCGGCUCUGCUGCUUGUCAGGAGCUGAACCCACCGGAUGGGAAAGCGCGUGACGCAUUGUUCCAGAUCGUGUGCAGAGACGGGCGGGUCAUCAGCUUGUGUGCAGACAGUGCAGAUGAUGCCUUAGCAUGGACCAUGGCACUGCAGGACGCCAGAAUAAACACGGUGGUAGCUGCUCCUCAGAUUGGCUUUGCGCAGGAAGUCGUGGCAUCUGCUCCUCCUCCUUACUCAGAGUACGCCCAGCCGCAGGUUUAUGCUCCAGGCCCAUAUGGAGACUACACCGCUCCGCCUGCUCAUCCCACACAGAUUAUAUACUGUGGCGAAGGGCGACCCUACGCUGUUGCUUAUCCAUAUCAGUAUCAAGGUGGAUAUGUUGCCCCCGAAGUGAACCACGUGAUUAUCCAGGAGCGGCCGCGCGGCGAUGCGGGGGACGUGGCUCUGGGCAUGCUCGCCGGAGCAGCCACCGGUCUGGCAAUCAGCUCGCUCUUCUCCGUCUUCUAACUGGUCCCGCUUCGCUUAGCGUUUAUUUACAGCUUUGAGUGUGCGCUCUUGUCAGUGCGGUCACAAGAUUUCAAACGAAGUGUGUCCUCUGUUGGACUACAUCAAUGAGACAUGACUGUGACAGAGAGGAUGACCUAGUAAAUACUUUUUAGCACUUUCCAAUACUCCCAGGCAGUGUUUUUGCUCCUUUUGUGACGUGUGCGCUGAAUUAUCUUUAACCAAAACCAUAACGAUUAAUCUCUCCGAACUGUUAUUUAUUAGAUCAUUUAUCACGUACACGUUGCUUUCCUUAAGUUUGCUUCAGAUUCACACACAGUGGGCCUUUCAUAUUUGCAAAAUGAAUGAACCUUUUUUUUUUCGUACUGUAACCUUUGUUUACUUUCCAUUUGCUUUAGUCACAGAUCUGCAGUGUGCCCCUGGCCUUGUGUGUGUUUGAGUCUGACUGGGAUUUAGGUGCUGGAUGCACUAAAUCAAUACAUACUUUUCCUGUAGCAUCUUUACAGUCAUUUGGGGAAAUGUUGGUUUGCACUGUUUUGUUUGUUGAAAAAGGACACCAAGUACGAAGGCGCAUUAUCCUGAAGUUUAAAGGGACACUAAAUUUCUGCAGUCCUCUAUUUCAAUUUAUUGUUUGGUCUUUUUAAUUUUCUUUUUUUUUUUUUUUGUCAACUCAUUGGCAGCUGCUGAACCUUACCUCCUGUUUUGAUUUGUUCAUAUUGAUGUAUUUAUGUGUGGUGCACAAGCAUUCAGUUAAAGUUUAUUUCUGUUUAAAAACCCUAAAGGUAUGUGAUUUCAUCUCCACAAACGGCCUCUACCAUAACUUUUUAUUGAGCCUAAGAAAUGCUAAAGAGAACUCAUUUUCUCUAAUAGCAUAACAAUAAAGUUACUUUGUUUAGCAAUUCUUAAGCAUGUUUAAAGGUGUGACUUAAUCGGACUCAGAUGUACUGAUUAAAUCAAGAUGUUAUUUUAACAAAUAAAUAUAUUCACAUUA